AAACCAAAGGCCAUUCCCCCUUCGUACUAAGAAAUUCAUCGCCUGAAAAGAAGAAAAAAAGGCAAUAAAAAACCAAAAUCAUAACCGCAGAGCUGUCGGCGUUCUUUAAGACAUCUAUAAAUACCUCCAAACCCUAUCCCAACUUUUUCCCUCGCCCCCCCCUUCCUCUCCCAACUUUUUUUUUUCCCAUGGAUGUCGACCACCUCCACCAAGAGCACAACAACGCCAACGCCGCAGUACGUCGCGGCGUUCAGGUGACUCCUUCGUCUCUUCGAGUUGUCAAGGAGUCUCACUUCCGCGGUGUCAGGAAGCGUCCGUGGGGUAGGUACGCUGCGGAGAUUCGCGAUCCCUGGAAGAAGACUCGACGGUGGUUAGGGACCUUCGACACCGCGGAGGAGGCUGCUUUAGCCUACGACGAGGCUGCAAGGAGCCUCCGUGGUCCUAAGGCGAAGACUAACUUCGGCAGCCCAGCUCUUACUCCCAUGUCGUUUACGCCGCCGGUUAUGGUGCAAGUCCCUUCCGUCAAUCCGACGGGUUUAGCUGAAAACUUUCCGCAUUGGUGCUCGCCGGCGUUUUUUGCCACAGAUGAAGCCGAUCGCAGCACGGAGAGGGCCGCUCGGUCGGAGUACACUGGAUAUAAGCUAGAAACUAUAGGCGUGAUGAUGAGCGAGAGAGAAAUGGACUUCAAGGGUGAGAAGAAGCCUUUUCUCUUCGAUCUGAACCUCCCGGCACCGCUCUUCUGAUCGGCCGGCGGACUGCUGUUUUUACAACAUGGAUCGACUCGCGACCUGGAGAACAAAAACAAAAGCAAGAACACUGAAUAUUUUUUUUUCAAGUGUUCGCCGGAGCAGAGAUUACGGUUCUUUUCUCUUUUGUUUAAUUUAGCCUCCUUUUCGGCUUAUAGUGUACAGUUUAUUCCUGUGGUUUUCGGGCUCCAAUUCCGUCGUUGGGCUUCUCUUCUUAUUUUGGUCGUAAUUAAUUCUAGAAUUUCCUUCAAUCGUA